AUGGAAGAAGGUAGCUUGGCAGUGCCGAAGCCUCACCGUUUUCACGCUCGAAGCAGCAGCCUUAACGCGCCGAUUGCUGUGACCGUGCCGUUUGACGAUGCACCACUGGAGGUGGACUGGCAAGCAUUAGACGAGUCUGAGUGGCAGGAGAAGGAGGAUAGAGACUUGCCCGAGGGUGUUGAGGACGAGAGCACUGCGUUCUUACUUGCCCGGCUUGAGCAAGAGAAUGCGAAGAUUAGUGCUGCAUCUGCUGCAACACAAGUAAGUAAUGCAGAGGCGCAACGUACGAACCGUAUGCGGAGCGGCAGCAGGCCGCCGAGCAUGGGCCAUCUUAGGAAGCUUGUGCAGGAUCGCAAUGCGCCCUCGAUACGCUAUAGCUUGGCCAUAUCACCAAACACGCAGAUAUUGGAAGAGCUGCCUGAGCCACCACCGAUGACCGAGCUGGAGUUCUGGGCAGCGCUUGUUCAGAACUACCCAUCAACCGCCUCGCGACUACCCACGCUCACAGCGACAAAGAUUCGUGGUGGGAUCCCGCCGCCACUCAGAGGCGUGGUCUGGCAGUCCAUGGCUGGUGCUCGCGAAAGAUUGCUUGAAGACGCCUUCGAGCGCCUGCAGCAUGAAAAGAGCCCUUACGAAGGCAUCAUCAACAAGGAUGUCGGUCGCAGCUUCCCAGGAGUCGAACUGUUCCAGGACGCCGAAGGUGAAGGCCAGAGAAUGCUCGGGAGAGUGCUCAAAUGCUACUCACUAUACGACAAGGAUAUCGGUUAUUGUCAAGGGAUGGGUUUCUUGGUGGGUCCGCUGUUGAUGAACAUGGGCGAGAAAGAGGCCUUUUGCGUUCUGGUACGGCUCAUGGACCAUUACGCCAUGCGCCCAUCGUUCUUGCCGAGUUUGAGCGGGCUCCAUAUGCGCAUCUAUCAAUUCAGCAAACUGCUCCAGCAGCAUCAUCCGCAACUCUCGGAGCAUUUCGCAAGCUUGGGGAUCGAGCCGGCAUACUUGAGUCAGUGGUUCUUGUCCUGCUUCGCCGUUAACUGUCCGCUGCCGAUGCUUUUCCGAAUCUACGAUGUCAUCUUUGCCGAAGGUGCAAAUGAGACAGUGAUGAGAGUGGCGUUGGCGCUGAUGCGGCGCAAUGAGCAACGUAUGAUGGAGAGCACGGAGUUUGAGGAAAUCAUGCAGCUGCUGCUGGGCAGAGGCAUUUGGGACAGCUAUGGUAUUAAUGCAGAUGACCUUGUAGACGACUUUACAAGCUUGGGCAACAUAAUUACGCAUGGAAGGCUAACGGAGCUCGAGAGGGAGUUUGAGAAGCAAGACUCAGAGGCCGUAGGCCAAUCUGCCGGUUUCUUACCAGACGUACAGGCUGCAGCGGCAAGGUUUCUAGGCAGGUUAUGGGCUCCCGCGCAUGCACCAGGCAAAAGCACAAGCACUUUAUCUCCUCCUUCUGCGGAGAAUGAAAGUACGAGCUCAUCGCUCACGGCACGCGCAGGCCACUUUCUGCGUCGGAGCAAGAGUCAGCACAGCAUUAGCACACUCGUAGACGCCAACGGCAGUGACGGGUCGAGCACCAACUCCUCCGGCGCGGCGUCUUUGGCAUCGACCACUGUGACCGAGCCGGAGGUAUCCUCCGACACAACCGGUGACAGCACAGCUGAGACGAUGAGCAUGAAGUCGAAAGCUGCGUCAACGAGGACAGUCAGUGUCAGUACUGGACAUGGCGUGCCUGCUACUCCUGGCCUGAGCAAAGAGGAGAAAGACAUGCACGGGCAGAUUGAAGACCUUCUAACAGCGUUGAGCGAGCUGCAGAGAGAGCAUGCGCAGCUCGCGGCGAUGUUGCAGCGUGAGCGCGAGGAACGCGGCGAAGAUCACAGAGCGGUCAAGCAGCUUAUUCGACGUAUGCGCAGCGCUGACGUUAAAGCGGAGCGAAGAAAAACGCUACCGCCACUUCCACGAACGGCCACAAGUCUUCAAGAUGAGGACGUUCACAGCCGAGCACGACCAAGUAGCGUGUUCCUACAGCCAAGGCAAACCGAACAGAGACUCAGCCUGGAUCAACUGCUUGAGGAAGUUGACAAGCGCAUGCACACCCACGCACGCCUGUCGCUCUCUUUUGAGACCAAAGCUCAAUUACGGUCUAUGUUGGUGCGGACUCGCGAGCAACUUGCUCAAGCAGAGAUCUCAUCCAGGGAUCUCUCACUGCGGCUCGAGAUUGCCGAGACAAGCCUGGCUGCCUACACUAGUGAGACCGAAGAUCUACGCGCAGAAGCUGAGGAGUUGCGUGUGCGAGUCAAUGAAGAGUUCAAGGCCAGGCAGAAGCUUGAGCUGAAGAUUCAGGAGUUGAAACAGGAGGCUCGGGAGGUACCAUCCCGCAGAAACAGCACCACGAUCGACGGCCUCACUAGCGGACUAUCAAGGACGGGUAGCCUUUCGGGUGCGCCUGGCUUAAGGGAGCUCAGGCUUGGACGAAGAGACUCUACAUCUUCGCUAACGAGUCUGCGAGCGGCUCGUGCUCCCACACCGGCACUCGCCAUCCCGGCACCGGGCAUGUGGCAUCAACGCUCAUCCUCCCUUGCGACCCGUGAAGUUUUCGCCACACCAGAACACGAAGCUGUGCCCGAGGAAGCACUUCUCCUCGAGCUUGUGAACGCUAAGACAUCCGAAGCACAGGCCCGCGCUGAAGUUGACGAAGCCAAGCGCAUGCUCACACAAUCCAACAAACGGCACGAGCAGAUGCUGCAGGCUCUGCAAGCGCAAAUUGAUGCUGCAAACAAGAGCGCUGACGCUGCUAGGGCGGAAGCCGAGGUCGCGAAGAUGGCGGCUCAGCAUGCCCGGGAGGAGUUCAUGGCGAGGGAGAAGGAAGGCUCGCUCAGUGUGCCCACCACGCCGGCGGCGUACGAUAGCGACAACAAAUCAUUAGGUGGUUCAAGCGAGAUGGCUACGCCGUGGGAGACGCCGCUGGCGAGGAAGACGGCUGAGGGACAGGCCGCUGGCGGAUGGUUCUGGAGUCGGAGGACGCCGAGUACGCCGGUGGCUAAGAUUAAUGUCACGCCGCCUGCGGAGUAG